GCGGUGAACACGAACGGAUUUGUGAGGAUUUGGACACAAUUUGCAGGGAUUGCUUGGCUAUGCUGGAGCUCUGGUCGCGCACUUCACAAACCUUGCUGCAAAGGAAUCCGAACCUUAAGCCAAGGUUGGAAGAGCGAACCAGUUGCGUGGACCAGAUGGUGAAUAAGGUGCGUAACCGAGUGGAGCAUGAAGCGCUAAACCCCCCUCGUGGCAAUUGGUUGGCGCGCAGGAUUACAAUAGCCGCCGCUGCUAAGAGUCUAAAGCAGGCGAAAACCGAGUUGCUGAACGCUGAGGAGCGGCUGAGAAAGCUCAACGACGCGCGCAACUGGAACGAAGUGAUCGAGAUGCUCGCUGGCGGCUGUACCGCUGUGCCGGUCGAUUACAAUCAAGCAUCUGCGUCGUACGGACAGCAGCCGGCGACGUCGUACGGACAGUACCCGGCGACGUCGUACGGACAGUACCCGGCAGUGUCGUACGGACAUGUGUUCGGACUUGCCCCGGCUGCUCCUGCGACUCAGGAGUAUCCGAGUCAGCAGGAGUACUAUACCGAGGUGUAUGCACCUCCAGGAUCCAUCUUGAUAUUUGAUUGAUGUGAUUGGGUACCGCGGCGCAAAAGAGAGCGGGACCGGGGGCAAGGUCCCACUUGCACGGAUUAAGAGAUUCUGGCCGUUGAUCUUUGCGAUCUACGGUCAACAUCGCGUAAUUUGUGUAAGUGAGACCUAGCCCCGGGGCACGGUCUUCCCGCGAGCAAAAGAGCCAGGCAUCAUCAACAGCUGUCGGGGGCCUCGUGGGCUAGAUGAAAAAAUGCAGCCAUAAGGACAAGGCGUUCUGUUCGGGGGAGGAGGAACUUCAAGGUAGAGUUGUGCCUCACCUUUUUGGUUACUACAGAUAGAUAAACUAGUGAAGGGUCU